AUGAACUCAACAAAUCCAGCAACAGUUUUAGGUUUUGGUACAUGGCAGCAGAUUGUAGACAAAUUCUUAUACUGUGCUAACUCUUCAAAGCAAACAGGAGGUUCGAAGAAAAUUACUGAAGCAAACCUUCCACCGCACACUCAUACAGGAACUACAAACACAACAGGUAGUCAUUCACAUUCAAUAACAAAAAGAGGUUAUACAAAUCUUGCAGCAGGUUCGGAUAGACAGGGAAUGCAUAGAUAUGAUAUUUCAAGUGACCCAGUAGAUUCAAGCGCAGGUAUUUUCUGUGGAACCGCAGGAAAUCAUGCCCAUACUUUCACAACAAAUCCAACAGGCUCGGGUGCAGAUUACAUGCCACCAUUUGUGACUGUAUUUGCAUGGUACCGCGUUCAAUGA